CCUUCAAUCUGCUGUUCGUUCGUAACUAACACACACACACACUCACACACGCAGUCACUCACUCACUCACACACACCGAGACUCAAUUACUGCCCAAUUCCCUUCUUCAUCAUCUCCUGCUACACUGGCCUCUUCCAAAAGCAAAUCGAAAAAGGAAAACAAAGAGCAACGUUACCUGAAGUGAUACUUCGAACCCGAUCGAGACGGAAUUACACGAAGUGUCAAAACUAAGGGUGGACAAGCAGUGAUGUCACACAGCUGAGGACACUCCCACUCAAUAUGGAGUCUGCAGAACGGCUGGCCUCGCCUUCCGCCACCCCGGCCUCCGUCCACGCCGCCACCUCUUCGACGUCAUCUUCCUCUUCCUCCUCUUCCUCAUCCACAGCAGCCUCCAAUGCCAAGAGCAGCCUGAACCACGGAGUCACGGCCUCGCUCGGCACAUGCGGUCCUCUGUUUGGGCUGACGGGCAGUGACCAGCCCUUCAGUGUCAGCUCAGUGACCUCUGUGCCCAGCGCGUACCCUCUCAUGGCCCACCCAGCCUUUGGUUUGCUAUCACCGGCAACGGUUCGCCCAGAGUUUGGAGGUCUAGGAGGACUGGGGGUCUCUGCUGCCCUCGCAGCUCACCCACAGCUAGGAGCCUUCUCAGAAUGGUGGAGAGCAGCAGAAGCACAUGGACGGAGUCCUCCAGCUUUCUUCCCGCCUUUUUUGGGUCUGCCACCUAUGUUCGCCCCACCCCUUCACAACCACGAAGCCAAUCCGUAUACAUCCAAAACACCCAGCAAGAGCAGUCAGGCCUCCAAAGGUGUGAACGGAGCUGUGAAUGGUCGUUCGCUGUCUCCGUCUGCGGCUAAAGGAACUGUUUCAGCUUCUGCCUCCCCCUCCCCCGCGCUCCGGCCCCCUGAACACAGCCGGACACUCAACGCCAAAGCCCGCGACCGCAAGGCCAGUCACCAUAGCAACAGCACAGGGGCGCUUCAGGAGAAACCCUCACAGAAAACUAAAGAGAAGAAAGCCCGUAAGAAGCAGGUAGAGGGGUCAGCCGUAAGCGAGAGUGAAUCUGGAUCAUCGCUGGAUACUGAUAGCGAUGGAGUGAGCAGCAGCGAUAUUGAUGAUCUUGGAGAGGAAGAAGAUGAUGAUGACGAAGACGAAGAUGAGCAGAGUAAAGACAGCGAGGAGUCAGACUCGGAAAAGGAGAGGCAGAAAAAAAAGAAAAUGAAAAUUGUGACGUCAAACUCUGGGCUCAGUAAGAAGGAAAAGACCAGGCUGCUGGAGGCCCAGGACUUCCAUGGAGGCCUGCCGGGCAGUGCACCUUUAGAGCCCUCUCCUACAGUGCACCUGCACCGCUCUCCACCUCCGCCAGCCCUGUCUCAGUCCCCUCUGCUGUCUCUAUCGGGCAGCAGAGCCAGGGAAAGGCCCCUCCACACCAGCGUCAUCCAGUCCACAGGCCUGGCUGCUGCCGCAAAGCCGCUAGCGUUAAUCGCACAGUCACGUCGAGAUGUUUCUCCUAAACAUUCUCCACAGCAUCUUAACUCCUCUCCAAAAAAACCCUCAGCCUCUACCAAGCCCAUCACUUCCUCACCUCAGCCCCUCCCACUCUCGUUAUGCUCCUCCCCCAAGCCACUAUCAGUCCCCUCCCCUCCGAAACCCCUCCCCCUGUCCUCUUCCCCCAAACCGCCUCCUCUCACCCCUUCCCUCAAGGCGCAAUCUCAAGCUUCCUCCCACAAGUCCCAAUCUCCAGCACUGGAUGCUCUGACCAGCAGGAAGCUUCUGGAAAGUUCUCUGGCACAAGUCACUGCUGACUACAGGCUGAAACAGUCUUUCCUGUCCCAGGACCAGACGUUUCCUCUCCAGUUAAAGAAACAGCAGGACCCAUAUAAGAUAAACAAGCGGGCAGGGGUGCCCACAUCCUCUUCCUCGUCUUCAUCAUCCUCCUCCUCUGUGCUCCCUCUUAAGCUCAGCUCCGAGGCGUCAGGUAGGACCAAGCCCCCUGCAGCGCAAGGCGUGUCCUCCUCCAGUCUGCCUUUCUCUCAUGGCCUGCUGGGUCUGGGCCAGCCCAACGGAGUCAUCCAGAGCACCCAAGAUGUGCCGUUGGCACUUACCACCAAACCCCGCUCAGACGUACCCGUCAACCUCAGCACAGGAGGCCGUAAGAGCCCCGCUUCUGCGUCUCCCACUCCUAACCGCACCCGUGAGCCACGGAAGAGCAAGACUCCCAAAGCAUUAGAGGCCUGGAGGGGUCUAUCCCAGAACCACCUGGUGCAGUCUCUGGUGGACCUGUUUCAACACAGCGGAGCUGAGCAGGAGCUGCCCAGCAGUAAAGACUCAGAUGACUCUGCUGAAGAUGAAGACGACGAGGAUGAUGAUGUGGAGGAUGAAGAGGAUGAUGAUGAAGAGGAUUCAGAUGACAGUCUUUCAGAGUCAGACAGUAAUUCAGAUAGCGAGAUGAACGGUUCAGAGGGUGGUAAAAAGAAGCGCAAGGAUGGAGGCAUGGAGAUGGACACAGAUGGAGAGAAGACUCCUCAGAAACUCAGCAAGGGGUUUUCCCAUCUUAACUCCUCCACCAAUCACAGCCUGUCUGACUGUCUGCCACUAAACCUCCAGGUCAUUAAGCCCUCCAGUGUGGCCACGCCCACCAUUGUGAGCAGCUCCGGUGCCUUGACCUAUCACAGCUCUCCCUCCUCGUCGUACUCUGUUGGCACCUCUCCAGGCUCUGCGAAGAGAAAGCGGGUGAUGAAUGAAGAUGAUUUACGGAUUCCGCUGGAAAUGGGCUGGCAAAGAGAGACCAGGAUGAAAACAGUGGGCGGUCGGCUGCAGGGAGACGUUGCGUAUUACGCCCCGUGCGGCAAGCGACUGCGACAGUACCCAGAUGUCGUAAAGUAUCUGUCCAGAUACGGAAUAACUGACAUCACACGUGAUAAUUUUAGCUUCAGUGCAAAAAUAAGGGUUGGUGACUUCUAUGAAGCCAGAGAAGGACCCCAGGGUCUGCAGUGGGCUCUUCUGAAAGAGGAAGAGGUCAUCCCUCGUAUCUUGGCCAUGGAGGGCCGGCGAGGCCGUCCGCCCAACACUGAGCGGCAGCCGAGGGGCGGCAGUGAGGUUUCAGGCAGCCGGCGUCGAAAGGGACGCCCCCCGAAUCUAGGAGAGAGCGAAUUCCCAAGUCCCUCUGAGGCCAAACUAUUGCGCAAGCUCGAGGCUCAGGAAAUCGCCCGACAGGCGGCUCAGAUGAAGCUCAUGAGGAAACUAGAGAAACAGGCACUCGCACGGGCGGCCAAGGAGGCCCGCAAACAGCAAGCCAUCAUGGCUGCAGAAGAGAGGAGGAAGCAAAAGGAACAGCUGAAGAUUCUCAAACAGCAGGAAAAGAUAAAGCGUAUUCAGCAAAUCCGUAUGGAGAAGGAACUCCGCGCACAGCAGAUUCUCGAGGCAAAGCGGAAAAAGAGAGAGGAGGCUGCCAAUGCCAAAAUGUUGGAGGCGGAAAAGCGAAUAAAGGAGAAGGAGAUGAGACGCCAACAGGCUGUUAUUCUCAAGCACCAGGAGAUGGAGAGGCAUAGACUAGAUAUGGUAUGGGAGAGGGAGAGGAGGAGACAGCACGUUAUGCUAAUGAAAGCUGUGGAGGCUCGGAAAAAAGCUGAGGAGCGCGAACGCCUCAGGCAAGAGAAACGUGAUGAGAAACGUCUCAACAAGGAGCGGAAAAUGGAGCUCCGGAGGCUGGAGCUGGAGAUGAUCCGUGAGAUGAAGAAACCCAAUGAAGACAUGUGCUUGACAGAUCACAAGCCCCUUCCGGAGAUUCCUCGUAUCCAUGGUCUGGUUCUGCCUGGGAGUGUGUUUGCAGACUGCCUGAUGGUGGUGCAGUUCCUGCGGAGUUUUGGGAAGGUUCUGGGCAUGGAUCCCUCCGAGUUGCCCACUCUGGGUAUACUGCAGGAGGGACUGCUCAACCUGGGCAACAGCAUGGGGCAAGUGCAGGACCUGUUGGUUCGGCUACUCUCAUCUGCUGUGUCUGACCCAGGAUUACCUCAAGGACACAGGGCUAAGUCAAUCUUGGGGGACCACCUGACCAAUGUGGGUCUGAAUCGGGACAACGUGUCUGAGGUUUUGCAGUUGUACAUGGAGGCUCACUGCUCUCAGACGGAGCUAGCUGAUCUUGCUCUGAGUUUAAGGACCAAAGCCUUUCAGGCCCAUACGCCAACUCAGAAAGCCUCUGUCCUGGCCUUCCUUGUAAAUGAGCUGGCAUGCAGUAAAAGCGUGGUCAGUGAGAUCGACAAAAGCCUGGAGCACAUGAAUGUGCUGAGGAAGGACGAGUGUAUCGUGGAGGGCAAAUUGAAGAAAAUGAAAACAAUCUACGCUAAACGGACAGGGAAACGUGAAGCAAUUGCAGGAGGGGAGGAGCCUCAGGCUGCGGGCGGCUCUGCCAUUGGUCACAAGCGCAAAAGGAAGGCUGGGGAUAGUGAUGAUGACGACGAUGAAGAUGAGGACAGUGAUGAUGCAGGGGAUGAGGACGAUGAUGAUGAGGAGGAAGAGGCUAAAAAGGGAAAAAAGGUGGAGACGUGUGAUGAGGAUGAGGGAGACCCAGCAACAAGUGUUGAAGAGCUAGAGAAACAGAUCGAGAAGUUAUCAAAGCAGCAAAACCUGAUCCGUCGGAAGCUGUUUGAGUCGUCUCAUGCCCUGCGGUCCAUGUCAUACGGCCAGGACCGGUACCGCCGCAGAUACUGGGUCCUCCCACAGUGUGGAGGGGUUUACAUAGAGGCGUUAGAGAGUGGAGAAGGUCUCGAGGAGUUGGAGAAAGAGCGUGAGAGGUUGAGGAACUUUCCAGUUGUGCAGGUCAAAGAGGAGCCCAAGGAGGAAGUUCUGCAGCAUCAUCAGCAUGAGGAGAUACAGGGGGCUGUGAAGGAGGAGGUGAAACAGGAGGAAGAUAAGCCCAUUGAUCCUGAUCAGGAGGCAAAUAAAGAAGUGCGCUCCUCCCCACUCAAAGAACUGCAGGAAACAGAGGUUGUGACCACGCCCCCUCAUCCGCCAGAGCUCCGCCCCUCACAGAGCCCUCAGUGUCAGGAACUGCCUUGCACACCUGCCGGGGCCAAGGGGCUCUGCCACGCCCACAACGGCUGCCCGGCAACAAUCGCCAUGGAAACGACAUCAGCAUCAUCUCCAGCUCACUCUCCAACUACCUCUAAGCUGACAGAGGCCAGCAGCCCGAGCGCAGACCACGCAAUCCCUCCUCCUCUGCAGCUGGGCAUCCCCGCGCACAUCCUGCAGCCGCAGCAGCUGACGCAGACUCAGCUCCUGGCCAACGACCAGCUGCUCAAGGUCCUCAGCGAGCGCAGUGGCCACUGGUUCAGCCUGCUGCCUCGCUCACCCUGCGACGACACUUCCCUCACCCAGCCGUCUGCACACUCACAGUCCUCACACAACAGCAACACCCUCAGCACACGACCCAAAACUCCACCUCCACCGUCUACCUCCUCCCCGCACCAUCACCUGCUUCCUCUUUCUGCAUCUGCAAGCCCUCUGAACCCCUCACCUGCUGGGAUCAGCAACCUCAGUUUGCAGGUGAAGCCAGGUGGAGCUCUGAUUGGUUUGCCUUUGUGCAACUGGUCCGGUGGGGUCAUCAGCCCCAAUCUGCCCCUGUGCAGCAGCCCCCUGCACAUGUACCCCUCAGUGGAGGGCAGCGCCAGCCCCCUCCUGGCACCCAGCGUCUCAACCAGCAAAAGUGGUUCUCCUGUUCCCACUGGGGAGAAGCUUACCUCUGCUCCUUCUCCAAUGGCACUGGACCUUCCCAGAAAUCAUGACCACCCUGAACCGCUGCCAGUACCAGAGGACAUGCUGCUGGGCUGGUGGAAGGUGACAGACAUGGAUGAGCUGAAAGCCCUAGUGAACGCUCUCCACAGCAGAGGCAUCCGAGAGAGAGCCCUCCAGAAACAGCUGCAGAAAUCCAUGGAGCUCAUCGCACAGACUUGCAACAAGAACCGAGAGGUGGCAGUUAUGGAGGUCUCAGAGCUCGACGAGGGCCAGGUUUCCGUGGAGACACUGCAGGAGUGGUGUGUGGAGGAGCAGGCCAUGGAGACUGACAUCGCUCUGCUGCAGCAGGUGGAGGAGCUGGAACGCAAAGUCACGUCCGCCAGCCUGCAGGUCAAGGGCUGGACAUAUCCAGAGCCACAGUCUGAAAGAGAGGACCUAGUCUAUUAUGAGCACAAGCUUCUCCCCAAGCCCCGCCCUGGGGCGGAGUCUCAAGAGGAGCGCAGCUCGGAGAAGGGCCUGAUCCGUCGUCCCAGCAACCCACUGGACAUCGCGGUGACGCGAUUGGCAGAGCUGGAGCGCCACAUCGAGAGAAGGUACCUGCGGAGCCCCUUAGGGACCACCAUCCAGAUCAAACUGGAUAAUGUGGGUACAGUCACUGUCCCCGCACCUGCUCCAUCCACUAGCGCUGGAGGGGAAGGGGGAGAGGAAGAGAUCGCUCCAGGGAUGAAGCUGUGGCGGAAGGCACUGAGUGAGGUACGCAGCUCCUCUCAGCUGGCCAUGUGUCUGCAGCAGCUGCAGAAAUCCAUCGCCUGGGAGAGGUCUAUCAUGAAAGUGUACUGUCAGAUGUGCCGAAAGGGGGAUAAUGAAGACCUGCUGUUGCUGUGUGAUGGCUGUGAUAAGGGGUGUCACACUUAUUGCCACAAACCCAAGAUAACCAACAUCCCAGAGGGAGACUGGUACUGCCCUGCUUGCAUCUCCAAGGCAAGUGGUCAGUCACCUAAAUCUAAGAAGACUCCGAAUCGUGCGCCACCAGCCAGUGGAGGAAAAAAGGCAACAGAAGCAGCCAAGAAAAGCAAGAAACAAACAGAGACGUGUGAAGAAGAGGAAGCCACCAGCAGCAACAACAGCACCCCAAAGAAAGCAGCCGCCACCUCCACCCAGGCCAAGAAGAACACCUCCACCCCCCCUGCACCCAAACCAGACAGCCCUGCCUGCGUAAAAAGAGCCAAAACAGCCAGAGACAACAACCGGGACCUGGGCCUCUGCAGGAUUCUGUUGGCUGAACUGGAACGUCAUCAGGACGCCUGGCCCUUCCUCACACCUGUUAACCUUAAAUCUGUCCCAGGGUACCGCAAAGUCAUUAAAAAACCCAUGGACUUCUCCACUAUCCGUGAGAAACUCGUCAGCAGCCAAUAUCAGAAUUUAGAGACGUUCAUCAUCGACGUCAACCUGGUGUUCGACAACUGCGAGAAGUUCAACGAGGACAACUCGGACAUCGGCCGGGCCGGGCACAACAUGAGGAAGUUCUUUGAGAAGAGGUGGACUGAGCUGCUGAAGCAGACUAACUGAGGUGGCUUCAGACCACGGCUGUCAUUUCAAACCUGCGACCUGGGCUCAGAAGCAGACGAGUUGCAGGCUCUUUCUGCAACCCAGGGCCCAUCAGGACCGACCAAUCCCACAUCAACACCCAAAGAGACACAAGACAGAGGGUGUCUUUGUGCAAUACCAUUUCCUUCUAGAAAAGAGAAAUCGCACUGAAAUUUCAACCAUCAGAGCUGUACUAAGGAGAAAAAAUCCCUUUCCACUACUUGUAAAUAUCUUUUUAUUUUGGUUUUGUAUUUUUACUUUAUGGUUAAUAUUAUAGUGAAUGUAUUUAAUUUUUUUAAAUGAUUAUUUAUGACUUAAUAAAAGAAAGGUCCACUCUUCAUUUUCUAUGAAAAGGAAGAAACAGCAAAACUGCUUUAAAUCUAAUGGAAUGUUUAUUUGUUUGUGUUUUUCCUCUCCAAAUAUGAAAGAAAGCCAAGAAAAAAAAAAGAAACUGUUUACACUGUUCUGUGCCAUGUGGCAUCAGAGUAUUCAACCCUCUGAAAGUGAACUAACGGCAUCACUGUACACACACACACACACACACACACACACACACACACGCAGACAAGCAGGAGGCACCCAUGUGUACAUACUGUCUAUUAAUGUCAAUAUAUUGAGUCUUGUUUGGAAUGAUGUGUACAUAUUGUUUCAGACAUUGGAUAUUGUUUAUGCCUUAGAAUGAUUGUAGCAAUUAAUUUUAGUCUUAAAGUGAUUAAUAAUAUACAUUUAUUGUUUGUACAGUAUAUACAUAUCCUCUACAAAACACUGUGGUCUCCUUAAUCUUAGUAGUGCCUGCCCUUCAGAACAGGGUAUAGGGAAAAUAAUUUGUUCUUUUUUUUUGUUUUGUUUUUUCCCUGUUUUGUAACGUUAUUGUUUUCUUAUAUAAAACACAUCAAGGCCUCCACUCGAAGGCAUACUGUACGAAACUCAUAUCUGAACCCAUAUGAAAACUGUCGGAGUAUUCUUCAGUAUCCCUGGCCCCAGAGCCGCUCAGAGAUGGACAGCAGGCGUUCUGUAACCACAUGUGUCUGAGUCUCCCGCGUGCAUCGUGGCCCACUGGAGGCAGCUAGAACAGAGUUUUUUUGUACCUGCGUCAGAGUACUUGAAGUUAUUUUAUUUAAAGAUAUUGUGGGAAACAAAUGGUAGCGUUCUUUUUGUAGGAGCAUUAUUUUUCACUAGUGUGUGUGUGUGUGUGUGUGUGUGUGUGUGUGUGUGAGAGAGAGAGAGAGAGAGAGAGAGAGUGUGUGUGCGAGAGUGUUUGUGUGAGUGUGUGGAUGUUUGGCACGGACUUAUUAAAAGGAUGUUUUUAAAUCCA